GGCGUCGUGCGGCGGAGCCGCUUCCUCUCCUCGUCGCUGGCGCCCUUCGCCCCGCCGCCACUGCCUUCGAACACCGAGAGCUCGGAAGAGGAGUACGUGGCGGCGGCUAAAGCCAUGCGGAAGGAUUCGAAAUUCGAGUCCCUGACGGGGCUGAUGCGGAAGCGUAACAGCAGCAACUCACUGCAGCUCUUGAGCCAGAGUCCGGGUCCGGAUGAGGUUGCCGGGAGCUCGCGAAAAGCGGCGCCGGACGAGAUCGUUAUCCGGAAUCGCAGCAGUCACGAUGUUCGAGCGAUGUUGUUCAGACCCAACGACUACUGCUGCAUGAUACCACUGGUGGGAAAGCUCACGGCAUGCGGUGAUUGCAUUCUGCAAGGAGAAGAGCGCCGAUUCACGCCUCUGGCGCAUUCCCCGGAAUUCACUCUCAAGGUGUAUUCCGUGGGGCCUGCUGCCAAGGAGCUCACGUACAAAGAAUUCGUAGUGGCUGUGAACCGUGGCAGCUGGUCGGAGUGCUGGCACCAGGGCUGUGCACUGUGGCUGUUUCUAGCUACUAGGGUCAAGCCAGAGUUCCGCCCUGGCUUGCGUAUCGACUUGAAUCGGACCUGUGAGCCUGAGAGUGCACAAGGUCACUGGGAUUCGGUUGGGUCUCCCAAGUGGUCCGAAGUCGCGGACUCAUUGCCUGUGUUGCCCGUGCUCAGUGAGAUCUUGGACAGGCUCACGACCAUCAUCAGGGUCCGUGUUUUUCUUGCAAACUUCUCGCUCUUCGACGGCAACCCAUGGCGCUAUACCGAGGACAAUGGAAUCGGCCAACCUGAAGUGCAGAUCCACGUGCGAGACGGCACAGCGAAGGCCGUAAGCGUGGGCAUUUUGAUCAGCAACACCUUUUGGCCGGUCAUCCGGCAGUGCCUGGCACAGCAUCCUGGCGACUCCAAGCUCGUCGAGAAAAGCUGUCGGCUGCUGAAGCACUCCAUGCGCUGCGUGCCUGACCUUUUCAAGCCCAACGUUCCAGACGUGGCACGUACACUUGUCACGGCCUUCCAGCAGCUUGAGCCUCAGGCGGCUUUCGAGCGCUUUCAUAUGGCGGAGAAAUUCAUUUGCUGCUCGGAGAAUAUGGUCAGCCGCGGGGCCAUCCGCCGUUUCAGCAAGCCUGUGUACCAACAGCCCCGACGCUUCUUCCGACUCUCCGACUGUGGACUUCCGGCUGCAAUGUGGCAGAGCGUCGUGAUAUUUGUGCAGCAGAAGGAAGCCGUCGAGGCCGUCAUCGCUUUCAUCGAGUCUGUAUUCUCGCACAUUGCAGAGACCAAAAAAGUCGGCAGGCGCUUUGUAGAUGAGCAGAAGGCCUCCAUUGGCCAGAUGCUUCAGCCCCAUGCUUUGCAGGUGGCACCCGGUUUCGUCGAAGCCGUGUUCAAGCUCAUCGCUGUGGUUCCCACAAAGUACGUGCAAGACUGCAUCCCCUCUAUCCUGGAGGGCGUCCGAUCUGCAUUUCCACAGGAGUUCGCGAAUUGGCUGGAAGCCGGUCUCGGCCACCUGCCCCCGUCAGUGGGCUCCAAGGCCGAGCUUCAAAAGUUCGGAGAGCAGAUUUUGCGCGGCGACGACGCACAGGUCUACGAAGCGAUCCAGGAGACGGGGUUCUUGACACAAGCAAGGUUUGAUCAGGCCAGCUAUGUGUUCAUGGUGAGAUGA